UAUAUGUUGCGUGCCGCUUUCAUACUAUUAUUAUUAUUAUUGAAAUAUACAAGAUAUAUAUCUAAAGCGCGCAAUUAAUUAAAAUGGUGAGAGCCCAAUCUCAAUCUCAUGUUGUGACGGUGUUGUUGAUCACGGUGGCGGUGGUGGUGGUGCGUGGUGGUGCUACGAUCAACGAGAAGUGCGAGGAGGACUUUCCGAAGGUGACAUCGUGCCUGACAUACGCGACAGGGGGGUCGGAGACGCCGUCCAAGGAGUGCUGCGGUGCGGUGAAGGAUAUCAAAGAUAGUGACCCGGUGUGCUUGUGUUAUGUCAUACAGCAGACACACAAUGGUAGUGCGCAAGCCAAGAGCUUGGGGAUACAAGAGCCCAGGUUGCUUCAGCUCCCUUCUGCUUGCAAGUUGGCCAAUGCCAGCAUCAGUGAUUGCCCAAAGCUGCUAAAAAUACCGCCAAACUCUCCUGAUUAUGCCAUCUUCGCAAACUCAUCAGCCUCGCCGGUUCCGGCUAAGACAACAGGGACACGGUCGGCGUCAGAAACUGCUGGCUCCAAUGGAACAUUUAAGCAUCAGCCAAAAUUUUCAGGAGCUAUGGCAGUUGCUAUGGCCAUCUUCUUCCAUGCAUUCCCAGUUGGGUUUGUGCCUAUGUUUUACACAAGAAGGUGAAGCUGGUUCACUGAACAGGCCUAGUAAAGCGCUUUUCAUAAUUUCAUCUUCAUAUGUUAUCAUGACUUUUAUGAGUUCGCCACUAUUUUGUUAGCACCUGUGCUUUUAUUUGGAGGUGUGUAAUAUAUGCAAUGUUUUUACUAGCAAUCUAAUUUUAAUUUCAGUGCACAAA